AUCAAGGUAACAAAUGGAAAACUGAAGGAACGCAAUGGUUCUGUGCGGCUUUUUGAAUUGAAAAUCAUGCGAUGACUUGUCAAGUAUAUACGGCCUUCUUUAGUUCCAGCGAACUCGGAAGUGUCAUUUCCAUAGAAAUCAAUUGUGACAUUGUCCGAAAACAAUAUGAUACUGAAAAUAAAUUAGCAUUAUAGAUAAAAUACUCUUUUCAUGCAUGCUCACCUAUUAACCUUGUAUGCAAAUCAUCAUAUUGCUAAAGCUUUAUAACUAUCAAGUUUAAGUAUUUUGUAGUAGUAAACCCUAGAAAGGAAUAGUGGGUUAUUACUUACUUUAAAAACAUUUAACAUUAUAAACUAUUAAUUUAACAGAUACUAUCAUGAAAUCUUAAUAAAUUAACCAUUUAUUAAAUUGAUUUAAUUAAAAAAAUUAAACAUUAUCACAAGAAUAAUAAUUUCCCUUCCUUCUUCCUCAAUUCAUAUUAAUAUGUACAAUUAGUUGGCAGUUAUUUAGAAAAUGUAAUCAGUAAUUCAGAUUAUACUACUUUACUGUUUAUUAUUUUGUUUCAUAUUUUUGAAUUGAAGAUUUUUAUACUUAAAUAAACUAUUUCAUAACUAACACAUCCAAUCCCUUUCUCAUAAGAUAUUCAUAUUUUUUCCAUUAGCAGAGUGAAAUAAUAUGCUAUCUUAAACUUCAUUACUAUAAUGACGUUAUUAUCACCAAGUAAAAAACAAAAAAAAUACAAAAACCUGAAUUCUAGUUUUACCUCUUGCCCUUCAGAAAUGAAGUAGCUACAAAAUCUUUACAGUUCUACAAAUAAUUAAAUUUAAAAUUAUUCUUUAUAAAAGAAAUACUGUUAACUCUAAUUAGAAUAGUAGUUCUUUAAACCUGAAUAUAAUAGUGCAAUAGGGUCAAUUAUCAUUUUCUUUUAAAGUAAUUGGUACUUUAAAUUCAGAUCAAAUAUUUUUUCCUAAAUGUACAGUACACUCAGUAUUAGAAAGCCGCAGUUUAUGAUAAUGUUUUGCAUUAAUGAAACCUUAUUUAUAAUCUCAAUUAUUUCAACAAAAGAUUAUUCUUUCAGGAAUUUUUUGUAGACUAUAGCCGAAAACAGCGAAACGCAGAGUGAAUUCGUGGAGGUAUAUAAGGUAGUUAACGAAUAUUCAAAAGAAGAUUUAUAUAUAAAAAUCAAUAACAUAGCAGCAUCACAAGUGUAGAACAUUCUAAAGCUAAAUACGCAGUCGUCACUUAUAUCCAAAGAGAUGACUCACCAUUCUCCUGCAUGUAUCAACACUCCAUGAUCGGCGUGAGCCGUAUUGAGAGACAUUUUGUUAAGAUUUCUAAUAUGUAUUAUGAAAUUUUUGAUCUAUAUUGGUAAUUAAUACUUAGCUACCACUUUUAAUAAACAUGAAAUAAUAAGCGAGUAAGAAGUGAUGGAUUUUCGUGUUUUGCCUUACGAAUGACAGUGACAGCAAUUAAAAAAAUACAGAUAACAAUAACAACAAAUCUAGAAGGCCGAGGUAGGUACUAAGAAGAGUGGUGUGAAUUUGAUGCCGUAAAUUGUGAUUAUCAAGAAUAUUUGAUUUCUUCCGAAAUUAAGAAAAACAUUAAGUACGAAACAAUUGGUAUCAAAAAAGUUAAGACAUCAUUAUAAUAUAUAGUCAAACUAUGGGUCGUAUUAUACAACUUAGCUUGUAAAUGUGUGAUGUCAAGUUUUUUUCAAAUGUCAGUCUCUCAGGUUGCUGUUGCUGUCACAUUGUCAGCUAUGUCAAUAAAGAAUUUAUAAACAAAAUGCCAUUGAGAUAGAAAUAUUUCCUAUGUCAAUGCAAAAUGCGGAAUCGCAAAAACUUUAGCGGGAAAAAAGUUUUAUAGUAAAAUCAUAGUUUUUGUUUAGAAUUACUUAUAAUAAAAGAAAUCAUGGAUACGACAACUAAUAAAAUUAACGAUAUUAAAGCUAUAUCUAAAGACACAGUGCAUAAAAUAUGUUCUGGACAGGUAGUUGUUAGUCUAGCAGUUGCAGUGAAAGAACUGGUAGAGAAUUCCUUGGAUGCUGGAGCGACCAAUAUAGAUAUACGAUUUAAAAAUUAUGGCAUUGACUUGAUUGAAGUAUCAGACAAUGGCAGUGGUGUUACUGAAGACAACUUUGCUGCUUUAACUUUAAAAUACCACACAUCUAAAUUAUCAGACUACUCUGACCUACUUGGUGUGACUAGCUUUGGCUUUCGAGGAGAAGCACUCAGCUCAUUAUGUUCUUUAGCCAACCUCACUAUAACUACGAGACAUAAGGAGGCUGCAUAUGCUACAAAAAUUGAAUAUGACCAUAAAGGUCAUAUCACAAAGCAAACACCAUGUUCAAGGCAGAUUGGUACCACAGUCAGUUUAACAAAUCUUUUCAACUCCUUACCUGUUAGACAAAAAGAAUUUCAUAAGAAUGCCAAACGAGAAUUCAAUAAGAUGACUCAGUUACUCUAUGCAUACUGUCUCAUAUCUAUUGGAGUAAAGAUUACAUGUACAAAUCAAACAAGUUCUAAUGCAAAAACUUUAGUAGUAACGACACAAGGAACAUCAUCUUAUAAAGACAAUAUAGCUAGUGUUUUUGGUGUAAAGCAACUGCAAACAUUACUUGAAAUUAAACCUGAAUAUAUUUCCAACAUAAAGGAUAAUAUCUUUAAAGGUUUGUCACAAGAAGUAAACAAAACAGAUGAAACUCUAGACUUAGAAGAUGUUGAAAUAGAUUUAUCUGAAGACUCUAAUGAUGCUGAAAAACCUGAUGAAACAAUAGAGAUAAGUGCUUCUCAAAAAUCUCAGGGCUACAAAAAUGUAUCGAAACCUAUAGAAUUUACUGGUUUUAUUUCCUCUUGUGCUCAUGGUAGUGGGAGGUCAAGCACUGACAGACAAUUUUAUUUUGUAAACUCCAGGCCCUGUGAGCCAACCAAGGUCAUUAAAACCAUUAAUGAAAUAUACAGACAGUUUAACUCUAAUCAAUACCCCUUUGUGUUCUUAAAUGUAAAUUUAGAAAGAACAGCUGUUGAUGUAAAUGUAACUCCAGACAAACGAAAAGUAUUUCUCACUAAAGAGAAAAUAAUAUUAGACAUUUUAAAAAACUCCUUAUUGAAAUUAUUUGAAAAUAUCCCUAAAACAGUAAAGAUUGAACCAAGUCUUAAUUUGUAUACUAAAGAAUUAAAUGAUGUAAAGCCAGAUUUACAGCAGCCAAGGGUAUUCAAUUCAUUUUUAGAACAAUUUAAAAAUAAAACUAAGCAGGUUUCUGAUAGUGCAACUACAGUAGAUGUACAAUCUACAAAAAUAGAACUUAAGCGAAAAUCUACUACAAUGUUAGAUUUUAUUUCCUCAAAGACAAAGAAGACUGAAGUAGUCAAAGAAGAAGUUUUGUGCCAGGAAGAAGUAAUUGACGGUAGUACAAAUCUGUCUUUAGAUAUUCUCAAAUCAGAUGAUGAAGAAGAGAAUGAAAGUGCAGAGAACCAGCUUUCAGAAUGUAGUGCAAGUUCUUUGAAUAACAUAGAUCAGAAGAUGUCUAAGAGUUCAUCAUUGGAAGAUAAUAAAGACAACGAAAAUGUAAUGUAUUUAGAUUAUUAUGAAAAUAUACCCAAUACACAAAUAAGACACCUUGAAGAUGUUGUGGUGGAGAAGUCUCAUACAAUUACCUGUAAAACAAAAGGAUUGAAAACAAAAGCGAAUAUUUCAACUGAGUUAAAGGAGAAAUCACCUAAAAAGCAAAAAGUUGUCACUGAUCAAGAAGAUUUGGGGAAGAAUAAUAGGAGAUCUGUAACUUUAAAGACAUCCCUUGAACAUGUGAAAAUAUUGACAAAUAUGUAUGCUGAAAAUAAAAAACAAUCAACCCCUAAAAGGGUUAAAUUCAAAAGUGAAAUUAAUCCUGUAUUCAACAAGAAAUGUGAAGAAGAACUGAAUAAAGAAAUCUCAAAGGAUUCAUUUAAAAGCAUGCAGGUUAUUGGUCAAUUUAAUUUGGGUUUUAUCAUAACUAGAUUAGAAGAUGACCUUUUCAUAAUAGACCAACAUGCUACUGAUGAGAUUUACAAUUUCGAAACAUUACAAAAGACUACAGAGCUUACUAGUCAAAAAUUAGUCAUACCCCAGUCACUUGAAUUAACUGGAGUGAAUGAACAAAUACUUAUGGACAAUUUGGAUGUAUUCAAAAAGAAUGGUUUUACUUUUGAAAUCGAUGAAGAUGCUUUACCCACAAAAAGAGUUAAAUUAUUGACCUUACCCAUGUCUAAAAACUGGAUAUUUGGAAAAGAAGAUAUAGAAGAGCUAUUAUUUAUGUUGAGAGAAUCUCCUUCAGAAUAUUGUAGACCAAGCAGAGUAAGGGCAAUGUUUGCAUCUCGUGCUUGUCGGAAAUCCGUCAUGAUUGGAACAGCUCUCAGCAAAGCAGACAUGAGAAAACUUGUUGAUCACAUGGCUGAAAUAGAUAAACCUUGGAAUUGUCCUCAUGGUAGACCUACAAUACGACAUCUAGUUAAUUUAGCCAUGGUCCAUACAAAAGAUACUAUUUGAUACCUGAUUUUAAAUUUUUUAUAUUAUAAAUCUAAAUCAUGUAAGGAUAAUGUACCAACAAAUUAUUAAAAGACAAAAUAUUUAUUUGCAUAGUUUUAUUUUAUACACUAAUAGACUUGAAUAUAUUGAAUCCUGUGUGAGCAGUAGUCACCAUUACUCCUGGCAUUUGUUUGUGCCAAUGCAAUUCCUUUAUGUCGCUCUGUCCUUGAUGGAUGAACAGCAACUGGGGUGGAAGGUUCUGGAAAAUUAUGCCAGUGUUAAUUGAGGUUACAGUAUUAUUUGAAAUUUCC